GCUUUGCCCUCCUUGGCGAUCUUGGCUGCGUGCGUUUCGCCCUUUGUUCUUUUCGCCGUGGUCGGGGGCGCCGGCAAUGUACCUGCAGUUACUCGGGCGUCUCUGCGGGCGCCUUUGUCAUUAGUCUCCUUGCUGAUCAUUUUCCUGAGCCUCGUCUUCUUCCUCUCCAACUACCGUGUCAGCAACUUGUAUUUGUUUGCGACGUAUAGUGUGCUCUUGGCCCUCGCUAAUUUGCUUGCUGACAAGGGCAGCCAACGAGGGCGAGUUUGGAUUGCGCUCGCGAUUUGGCACGUCUUCAACUUGUUGAACCUGUUGGGAGCCAGCUUGAGCAUACUACAACCGUACAGGGCGGCUCCUCAAGGAUUGCUUCCGACCAUCUUCCAGAUCUCGGGUACCAGCGGUGGUUCCUGUGCUUACCUGGAGGUGGAUUGGUGUGAGGACUCAUGGAUUACAUUCCAGAUGAUCACGGCCUUCGCCUACAUUCUCCUGCAUGUGAUCAGCUUCUUCAUAGUGGCCGUUCGAGCCAUGGAGGAGCCCUUCGCACACUCCUUCCGCGAGAGCAGCGAGGCCGAGGUCUCUGGAAGUCCGGGCAGAGUUCCGUUUUGAGCGAUACAGCCCAUGAGGGCCAGCAUUAUACAGAGGUGUCAACCAGAGGAGACAACCAAAGAAAAGCAUCAAGUGAACCCGUGAACCCUUUCUUGUACUUGUUGUGGGCCUGCCCAUACAUUAGUCAAUCAUUGGGGGGGCGAUCAUGUCGGGCUUUUGGAUAUUUGGGAGAAGGGUCGAGAGACGUUAAGAGACAAUUUCGGAGUACGUUGGGGGUUCCUCAGGUCUUGCGCUUGUGGGCACCUGAUUUUUGUGGCAACAUGUUUGCCUCGGUGUGUGUUUUGAAGCUCACCUUGGGUUGACGCAAAUGGCCCGACUCGCCAAUGGAGUAGUUGAUGGUUUUGUCCUGUCCCCAGUGACACCUGAAACCUGGAUUUGGCACUUGGCUUUUCUGCGAUCAGCGUUCAAUCUUCCAGGUUGAGGGAGUGCUGGGUCGUCUUUUGGCUUCGCAUGUGUUCAUGCUGUACAGUGUAGAGCAGAGUGUCGAAGAAUGCUCGGGUACUCUGGCCGUUUGGACAUGCUCAGACGGUCCCCAGAGAGGGAGUUACUCGCACCGCGAUGGCAUCGCUGACCAUCAGCAUCGGUAAAGAAACUGUGGAAUAGUCUCAGAAAGGACUUACUGUCCAGUGUGUUUGUGUUUUGGUCGGCUGAGAGUAAACAAGUGAUUGGCUGUCCACGGUAGUGUGUGCUUCUCAAUGUUGCAACCUUCCAAAGCUUUUGGAGGCAUCAUCGAAUACCCAGGGCUUUGCUCAAAAUCUGAG